AUGGCCUCGUCGGGGCAGCGCGCGGUGGCUCUCGCGGCGCUCGUGGUCGUCGUUCUGGUCGCCCGAGCAGGCCCUGCUGGCGCGGCGCGGCAGAUGCCGGUGGAGAGGAGCGGGGACCGCACGGCGUUCUCGGCCCUCUACCCGGCGGCGACGGUGGUGGCGGCGGAGAAGGUGGAGAUGCUCAUGGCGAGGCUGCCGGCAGGGCCCAGCAAGAGGGGCGCCGGCCACUAG